AUGGUGUUUGAUAAGCAAAAGGUUGAUUACUCUCUUUACCUGGUGACGGACUCUUCCAUGUUGCCGGAUGGUACGACUCUUUAUUCCCAGGUUGAGGCUGGUUUGAAAAAUGGCGUUACCUUGGUGCAAUUACGUGAGAAAGAUUGUGAGACUAAAGAUUUCAUUGCUGAAGCACUGGAAGUUCAGAAACUAUGUAAGAAGUUCAAUGUGCCAUUGAUCAUAAAUGACCGUAUUGACGUGGCUCUUGCAAUUGACGCAGAUGGUGUCCAUGUGGGGCAAGACGAUAUUCCCAUCCCAAUGGUCAGAAAACUGGUUGGUCCGGACAGAAUUGUUGGUUGGAGUGUUGGAUUCCGUGAGGAAGUGGAAACCCUGGCCAAAUGGGGACCCGACAUGGUCGAUUACAUUGGAGUUGGAACGCUGUUCCCUACUUUGACAAAGAAAAAUCCUAAGAAGGCACCUAUGGGACCUCAAGGUGCUAUCAAAGUGCUAGAUGCAUUGGAAGAGUUCGGAGCCAACUGGUGUAGAACCGUUGGGAUUGGAGGCCUGCACCCAGUGAAUAUCGGGAGAGUACUUUUUCAAUGUGUGAGCUCAAACGGUAAGCGCGCUCUUGAUGGUAUUUGUGUUGUAAGCGAUAUUAUGGCCGCUAAGGACGCAGGUGCGGCUACCAAGAAUUUGCGUCGUAUUAUCGACCAAGGAAACUAUCACUUUGUUAACCUCCAGUUGAAGAAUAGUGCGAUAACUCAGGAAACUUUCAAGAGUGUUUUGGGUCAAGUCGCACUCACCAGACCCUUGGUUCAACACGUCACCAACAAGGUUCAUCAAAAUUUCGGUGCUAAUAUCACUUUGGCUCUUGGAUCUUCGCCCAUCAUGUCUGAAGUAAAGGAUGAGGUUCACGAACUUGCGCGUAUUCCUAAUGCAACCCUAUUGCUGAAUACUGGAUCGGUAGCACCUGUCGAUAUGCUGAAGGAAGCUAUCACUUGCUAUAACAACGAGCAAAGACCAAUUAUCUUUGAUCCAGUUGGUUACAGUGCAACUGAAACUAGAAGGUUGCUCAAUGAUACCUUGCUAUCUCAUGGCCAGUUCACAUGCAUCAAGGGCAAUACAAGUGAAAUCCUAUCAUUAGCAAAGCUCACAGUUGAGAAGAUGAAGGGUGUUGAUGCUUUUGUUGGAAAUGUCGAUGAGGAAAUGCUCUCUCGUGCCACUCGUAUCGUUGCUUAUACGUACAAGACAGUUGCGGUUUGCUCUGGUGAGACUGACUUCGUAGCUGAUGGGACUGAGAACGGUCAUUUUACACUUUCCAAUGGCCCGGUUAAGACCGCUAUCGAUUUGCCAUGUGUAAAGAUCAACAAUGGCCCUAUCUCGAUCAUGGGUGACAUUACAGCUAGUGGUUGUUCCUUAGGCUCAACAAUAGCCUGCUGUCUAGGGGGUGCAAACGCAGAAUCUAAUGUAUUUGACGCUGUUGUAACGGCCGUCAUACUUUACAAAACAGCAGGCAAGCUAGCUUCUACUCGUUGCCAAGGCAGUGGAUCGUUCCAUGUUCAACUGAUAGACGCAUUAUAUGAGCUCUUCCAUGCAAACGAACCCGCAAGAUGGACAGCUUCUUACAGAAUGCUUAACUGA